AUGGAUGGUGGGGUGGUGGAUUCCCCCUCCUCCACCAGUCAACGUGCAAUUGAACAACCAUGCCGUUCAACCCACUCUCCUGGUUCACCUCCUCCCCCACGCCCACUCCCGCGCCAGCGGCGGCAGCAGCAGCACCUCCGCCGUCUCCCCCCCACCAGCCAUCCCCCCCACCCCCGAGACCCCUCUGCCACCACCACCCCCGCCGCCGCCCCACGCCUCACCGAGACCCGGCGCCAGCUCAAGCAACUCACCUUCCUCCUCAGCGGCAGCACCUUCCUCGCACUCUCCAUCCUCACAACCCGGCGCACCCUCGCCAAGCGCCGUCUCGCGCUCAUCCCGCCAUUCUACCACCCCAACAACCGGCCGCCGCUGGUGCCGCCCAACGGCGCGCUCGACGCCUUCCAGGCGCUCAAUCUCGCGACGCUCAACACCAUGGCGUUUGCCAUCUUCCUCGUGGGCGGGAGCAUGGUGGCCCUGGACGUGUGCAGUGUUGACGAGCUGCGGGAGCGGGCGAGGAAGAGUGUUGUUGGCGAGGAGGAGCUGGCGAAGGAGCGGGAGGCCGAGGAGGAGUUUGAGGAGUGGCUGGCGAGCGUGUUGGCGAGGAAGGAGAGGAAGGAGGAGAUUAGGAGGCGGGUGAAGGAGGAUAUGGAGAGGGAGAAGGCGGGGGAGGGGGUGUGA